AUGACGAAGAUGGCAGGGCUAUUCCGCCCUAAGAAGCUUGAUCUCUCUGGAUUCGUCAACACCCGCCUGAUUCGGGACCACAACAAGCGCAUGGCCUUCGAGCAGACCGAACCCGAACGUCAAGCUCUCCGCUACAUGGUCCGCAACACCUCUCUUUCUGGUCGAGUCCGCGCGCAGGCCCAGCUUCAAUUGUCGCAGAUGCACGCCUACACUCGCCCCACACAGAUCAAGAACCGCUGUGUGGCAUCAGGCACUGCUCGCAGUGUUUUCCGCGAUUUCAGAAUCAACCGAUUCCAAUUCCGCAUGCAGGCUCUGGCUGGUGACUUGCCCGGCGUGAGGAAGGCCAGUUGGUAG